AUCUAUUAGACCCAACAAAAGCCCAUCAUUAAGCCCAACAAACCCACUCAUUUUUAUCAUAUAUCACAACCUAUUAGGGUUUCAUCCCUUCAACCCUCUCUGCCCCUUCAACCCGCCGCGCUUCAUCGGAGCAACAAAUCACCGAAGACCAAUGGCACCGAAGGACAGAAAGCCACACGUUAGCAGGAACCCUGACUUGAUCAGGGGUGUGGGCAAAUACUCACGGUCCAAGAUGUACCACAAGAGGGGUUUAUGGGCCAUCAAGGCUAAGAAUGGUGGUGCAUUCCCUAAACAUGAGAAGCAAGCUGCUGCUGCCGCUCCAGCUGAGAAACCCCCAAAGUUUUACCCAGCUGAUGAUGUUAAGAAACCGCUUGUUAACAAGCGCAAAGCCAGACCAACUAAACUCAGGGCUAGCAUUACCCCAGGAACUGUGCUGAUUAUACUGGCCGGGAGAUUCAAGGGAAAGAGGGUUGUUUUUCUGAAACAACUUACUUCUGGAUUGUUGCUGGUUACUGGUCCCUUUAAGAUCAAUGGUGUUCCUUUGAGGAGAGUGAACCAGUCGUACGUUAUCGCCACAUCAACAAAGGUAGACAUCUCAGGGGUAAAUGUGGAAAAGUUUGACGACAAGUACUUUGGAAAGAAGGUUGAGAAAAAGAAGAAGAAAGGCGAGGGCGAGUUUUUUGAAGCAGAGAAAGAGGAGAAGAACGUCCUCCCACAAGACAAGAAAGACGACCAGAAAACCGUCGAUGCAGCGUUGAUUGCAGCCAUCGAAGCUGUUCCAGAUCUGAAAAGCUAUUUGGGGGCUAGAUUCUCACUCAAGGCAGGCAUGAAGCCUCAUGAGCUUGUGUUUUAAGGAUUUAUGUUAAGUAAAAUCAUGUCUCAUGUUAUCAUAGAUCUAGAGGAUGCAGUUUUUUUGUUUUUGUUUUUGUUUUGUGCUGAGUUGACUAUGAAUUUCUCUUUAUAUGUUUCAACUUCAAGUACCUUAAAAUUUUCCAAAGAAUAUUCUAUUCAAUCAUUAUCUUUGCUUGAUGAUAGCAAAUGAGCAUGUUUGGUA